AUGGCAUCGCCAGGUGCAGCUCUGGCACCAGCGCCUACCGCCUUCGAUAACGCCGGCGUCUGGCACAACAUCACCUCUUGGACCGUCCAGCAUCUCCGGCACUCCGUCAACGUCACGCGAUACGCCCCGUCGCUGGAAGACCUCAUAUUGGCCGGGCCCAGGAUACUGACCAGGCUAGGCUCUAUCAUUAGCUUCCCCGAUGCGAUCGACGGCUUUGGACAGCGAGUCAUCCCGGACCCUACCGGCUCGGGCGACUACUUUUUGACCACGACCACUGCCGAGAUGGCCGCCGACGUCUCCGAGGUAGCUGCCAAUCUCGCCAACGUGCUGGACGACGAUCAGGACCCCGCCGCCAUGGUCUCGCGCUUCUCCAUGGAGGGUGGUGGUGCUAAGGGCUUGGGGAGCGUCUUCAGCUAUGCUACGAGUAAAUGGGCAUUAUGUUGCAUUGCUAUGGCUAUUAUUCUCAAUCGCACCCACAUAUUCGCGGCCUCACGAAGAAGACUACGACUUACAUGGCCCAUACGAGUCCUCCUACGCGUCCUACCGAUUGUCCUCUUCGUAUACCAAGCUCGGCAGCUCCUCCAGGCGAUCCAAUGCCAGACCUCCCCCGACUUCGCCGAGAUGCGCUGGGGCAACUCAGCCAAGACUUCCGAUCUCAUGUUUGCCCAUCCGGGGGGUUAUCUACAUGGCCUCAGUUCGACAUUAUUGUUUGGUGCUACCGACUACGAUAGUUGCCGUGCGAUCAACAUGAUUCCCUCGAACAACCAGGACUUCUCCAACGAAUUGCGGGGCUCUCUAUCCCAGCUAUGGCCUCUUUUCGGAACACUCUGCCUGAGCCAGUUCCUGGAGACCAUAUCCUGUUCUGUGCAAGGGCGACUGGUGGCUGUCGAGACGGGCAUGACGCUUUUUGAGCAUUCGUUGGCGUUUGCUGAAGCUGAUUCUUCUAUUAGCAACCAGCUGGGAUGGGGGAUCUUCUCGAGCGGCAGCACUUCCAACGUCACGUUCCAGCAAGCUUCAGGGGCCAACAUAGCUAUCUCCAGGUCCAUGAUCAUGAAACGGGUUAACACUCCGCCAGAGGUUCUCCUAGUAGCCUUCAUCUCCGCCAUGAGCCACAUCACGAGCCAUGUCUUGGGCAUCUUCGAUCUCCAGAGCAGGUUCCGUCUGUUUAGUACAGGCUUCUGGGCCAUUUGUUUUAUGGGAAGCCUUUUUGCUGAAGCCUUGAACUUUUCACUUGACGAUCCUUCAAACAUGGGACUUUUCCGGUUCCCAACCGUCUGCAUCAUAGGCUUCAUACCUCACGUCAUGGUGUUGGCAGGUAUCAUGGUCUGUUUCACGAUAUACUCACUUGCAUUAGUCCUGGCUGCCCUGGAGCCCCCGGACUCACAGAAUGAUGGACUGCCGUUGACUUUCAGCGAGCGAGUACUUCGAGCACACGAGAACAUGCAAGCCAAUGUCUCGCUGGCUGACAUUCGCAUUUCGCGUGCCUUGGACUUUUACACCGCUCUGCUGAGAACCGGCUUUGGAGUCAUAACGAUGGCAAGUGAGGCCGUGUACCUCAACGAAGACCGUAAUGUCAACCUAAAGCGUCACACGUGGCUUGAGGAGGAACGAUACCGUGAACUGGAGUCACUGCGCACGCAAUGGGCUUCCGGAUUAGGAGCUUCGCGUUACGACUCGGUAGGAACGAUCGGAAUGGUGCCCAUCAAGGACGACCAGAUAGGCGCAUCGACUGGGUAUGCGCGUGAGCGAGCUGCACAGAGCGUACCGAAGUCCCGUGUUGGAGACAGAAGAUCCAGAGACGGUGUUGGUGCUGCUGAGCGUAGUUCGCGGUGGCUCCUAGCUCUGGAGUUCCUGAUGAAUAUCAACCGGUUACUUCUGCGGUGGAGCGCAUUCAUAAUGCUUAAGGGUCUUGCUCGGAUUGGCAUAACUCGGAGACCCUCGUUUCUGGUGUACCUCUCACGCGGGCCUGUGCAGGGCGAACCCGACGAGAAGCAAUCGGGCACCGACUCGAAGACGCGUGCCAGACUUGGCAGACAUGGCAGGUAUGCGAUGCUCCUUAAUGACGAGAACGUAGACGUGGAAGCCGAGGUGCGACGACGUCUGGAGCGAUCUCCCGAUACGGCCAAUAUUGCCGAGAAAGAACUGGACACACGUCUGUAUGAUUCGUGGAAACAUGAAGGGCUUUGGGGCACAGUUGACACAAGCGGCGACUGGGAGCCCAACGACAGUGACGAUGAGUGGGACACGACGAGUAUGAUUCACAGCGUAGUCGGAGAUAACGACCUGGAAGAGCGGGAUCGUUGGAUAGACAAAGACGACAAAAGCGAAGCUGAGGGUCAACGGACACCGACGCAGGGCUCUUUCAGCUUCUCACGCGAAACGACGCCUCUCGACCAGCUGAUCGAUAUGAAAGACCUUGCGCGCCUUCUACAUCCAACGAGCCCGGACGACACGCGCCAGGCACACACCCUCGCUGCGCAUCUCACCAGCGACCGCAUCGUGACACGCGCGCAAUUCGCCCGCAUGCAGCACAACGAGCGCGGCCGACUCCUCACAACGGGCGCCGACAGUCGCCGUCGCCACGCCGCGCAGUACGCUAGUGGAAACAGAAAGCUCUCCGAUGACGAGGAGGCUAAGCUUCUCGAGCAACUGAUGAUCGCUCGGCGCAACGAGGUCGCCAACGCAGCCCUGCCAAACGGUAACGACGACGGGCCGCAAUGUGUCGUGUGCCACUCGGCGCCGCGUAAGAUCAUUGUGUGGCCGUGCCGCUGUCUGAGCCUUUGCGACGAGUGCCGGGUCACGCUCGCAAUGAACAACUUCGACAAGUGCGUGUGCUGCCGUCGUGAGGUUAUUAGCUUCAGUCGGAUCUACGUGCCGUGA